AUGGAUGGUAACAAAGAUGAUGCUUUGAAAUGUAUGAGAAUCAGGAAAGCCGCUCUAAAAUCUGGAGACAAGGCUCGUGCCCUCAAGUUUCUCUCAAAAGCUCGUCGCUUGGACCCUAGUCUCCCCAUUGAUGAACUCUUGUCUGCCGCCAGUGGUGCAAAAUCUAAAGAUGGAUUUGCUUCAACAGCAUCCUCAUCUACAACUGCCAAAACUAGGGUUCCUUCAAAUGGAUCUGCAGCUAGGGACUGUACACAGGAGCAGAUUGCCAUUGUGAGGGAGAUUAUAAAACAGAAGGAUUUCUACAAGAUCUUAGGUUUAAAGAGGUUGGUGAAUUGCACAAUUGAAGAUGUCCGCAAGGCUUAUAGGAAGCUAUCUCUAAAAGUUCAUCCAGACAAAAACAAUGCACCGGGCUCUAAUGAAGCUUUCAAAGUUGUUUCUAAGGCUUAUCAGUGUCUCAACAAUGAAGAGAGCCGGAAAAGAUAUGAUCAUUUGGGGCCGCCUGAGGACGACCCGAGUUAUUGUCAUCGUAGGCGUGCAACCAAAAAUAGCCAUCAUGACUUUAAAGGGUUUAAUAAAGCUCAUUUUGAUGCUGAUAAGAUAUUUAUGAGAUUUUCCUUUGAUGAUAAUAGGUUCUAUGAAGCUGAUGUUGAUGCUGAUGAGAUAUUUAGGAAUUUUUUCUCUAUUGCAACUAAUUAG